AUGAAGCUCGCCAAGGCCGCGGCGCAGCAGCUCAAGGCAGUCGUCGUGGAGUACGACGUGCUGUGCAGCACCUUAUUGGGCAAAUCUGCGGCUGAACAGGCAGAGCAGCAGCGCCGGAAGGUCGCGAUGGCAGCGGACCAGCAGCGGGAAUCGACGCUGUUUAGCGCUUCGUCCGUCCAGUCGCUGCUUGUGAGUGACGUGCGAGAGCUGCUCAAGCGGCUGGACAAGGACGCGACGGGCAAACCCUGGGCGGUCAAAGAGCGGCUUCAGAACACGCUGAAGGGACUGCCGAGUGAAUUUUUAGAGCGAGCGAUGGGCUCGCGGGACAUGGACGUUGCUGCUGGAGGUACACACAGUGGUGAUACGCUUGUGAAUGAGCAGUUGCAGCUGGCGCUGGACGAUGUGGCGAGGCAGAAGAACGUGGAAAAAGGUGGGAUACGGGAUGGCGACGAGCGGACGAGGAGGAGCAAUAGUUGGGGGAUCAAGACUGACUGUGAGACCAGCUCGGUGAGAGACAAGUACUUGGACAAGAUCAGUCGACUCAAGCAGAAGACGAGGACGAGUCGGGGGCAAAAGGAUGGUCCAAGGGUGACUGCGACAGGACGGGUGGAUGGCGUUGAGACGAUCACGUCGGCUGGUCUCUCCACGUGGAUCGUGAAUCCAGGAGCUAAUGAAGUGCUGAGCUACUCGGACCUGCGAGGUUUGCUCAAGGUAGUGAUUCCAGCCAGAGAUCCACUGCAGCAUGACGAGUACAAGUUCUUUCUGAAAGAGAUGGAGGGUCAGUUUGAUAUGUUUUUAUCCAAGGAAGACCAAGCGAAGUUUCCGGACCCGGAGCCACUUCUUCACGUUUGCACGAAGUUUGAUCUGGAGCCAUCGGACGUCCUAGUGCUCACUCGACAUGCGGCUACGAUAAAAGCCGCCAAAAGCGCCGGAACGCACGUGUGCCACUACAUGCCUGAAGCCAAGGCCAUUGCAAACCACACGGCACACUACCACUUGACACGCUUGAGUGACUACCAGCACCUCAUUGAAGGCUUCAACGGCGUCUCGUACCGUGACAAGAUCACUGUCGGCUCUAUUGAGUUUUAG